AUGCGACUUCAAGGAGGGAAACGCCAGGGGCGGUCAAUAAUAGCGACUGCUGACUGCCCAUCCUCUGCUACUGGUCGCCUAUUUCUCACGGAUCGAGUUUCGAAGGUGCAGUUUUUGAUCGAUACAGGAAGUGAUCUAAGUGUCUACCCUUGGUCCCUUCUUCGAUAUCGUCGUGCCAAAACGAACUACAAUCUGUGUGCUGCAAAUGGUUCUAUCAUAGCUACAUAUGGUUUUGUACACUUUAAUCUGGACUUUGGCUUGCGAAGAUUGUUUAGUUGGCGAUUUGUUAUAGCCGAUGUAACUAAACCUAUAAUAGGCGUAGAUUUUUUGAACUUUUAUGGUCUCAUUGUUGAUUGUCGUAACAAACGCUUGUUAGAUAGAGUAACUUCCAUUUCAUCCACAGCCAAAGUCGUAAGUUGUAGUAAUAUAGCCUCUGUCAAAAUCUUGACCGGUGAGACUCGGUAUCACAAAAUUCUUGAGGAAUUUCCCGAAAUCACCCGUCCAAAUGGUAUACAUCGUGACAUUAAACACAAUACUGUACACCAUAUUCGCACCACUCCAGGCCCUCCAGUAUCUUGUACUCCACGUAGAUUAGCACCCGAUAAACUCAAAAUUGCUCAACAGGAGUUCGAAGCUAUGCUUGCUCACGGGACGAGAUACAACGCCCGUCUAGUUUGA